AAACACAAACACCACAGCCUUCUCCUUCUCUAUCUCUUCUUUUUUUCAUCCACAGCUUCUAGUGAAAGUAUGGGAAAGGACGUUGAAGUAGCUCAGCAAGGAGAGUUCAUGGUAAAGGACUACGAAGAUCCACCUCCAUCUCCUUUGAUUGAUGCUGAAGAACUGAUCAAGUGGUCAUUCUAUAGAGCUCUCAUUGCUGAGUUCAUUGCAACUCUUCUGUUUCUUUACAUCACUGUUUUGACAGUAAUUGGAUACAAAAGCGAAACAGACCCCAACAAUAAUGGUAGUGAUUGUGGUGGUGUUGGGAUUCUAGGCAUCGCUUGGGCUUUCGGUGGCAUGAUCUUCGUCCUUGUUUAUUGCACCGCUGGUAUCUCUGGAGGGCAUAUCAACCCUGCAGUGACAUUUGGGCUAUUCUUAGCCCGAAAAGUGUCACUAAUUCGAGCAGUGAUGUACAUGGUGGCACAGAGCUUGGGUGCCAUAUGUGGUGUAGGGUUAGUAAAGGCCUUCCAAAAGGCUUACUUUGUGAGGUAUGGAGGUGGAGCAAACGAAAUCGCCCCCGGCUAUAGCAAGGGAACGGGUUUAGCCGCUGAAAUCAUCGGUACCUUUGUCCUUGUUUACACAGUCUUCUCUGCUACUGACCCCAAAAGAAAUGCCAGAGACUCCCAUGUUCCGGUAUUGGCUCCGCUGCCAAUUGGGUUUGCAGUUUUUAUGGUGCACUUGGCCACAAUCCCAAUCACAGGCACAGGUAUUAACCCAGCAAGAAGUCUUGGAUCUGCUGUGAUCUACAACAAAAAUAAGGCUUGGGAUGACCAUUGGAUCUUUUGGGUUGGACCUUUUAUUGGUGCUGCCAUUGCAGCUUUCUACCAUCAAUACAUUUUAAGAGCAGCAGCAAUUAAAGCUUUUGGGUCAUCCAGGAGCAGUUAAAUUCUCUUUUUAAUUUAAGUCUGGUUUUGUUUCUUUUUGGACAUGUUUGGGGGAUAUGGAGAUGAUGAUGUUUCUUAAAAAAAAUAAUGGAGGAGUUCAUAGGUUUGGCUGAAACUGUAGAUAUACUUAAUGUUUGGGAAUUGAAAUAAGUUGGGAGGGGAAGGGAGUCUUACAAUUUC